UUCUUUUUGUUUAUUAGGAACGCUAACAGGAACCCGGACACUGAGCUCCAAAUGCUAAACACUUCCUUGAAUAACGUGUCUGAUGAAAACGGCGAAACUCCGGAGCGCCGUGAAAGCAGCGACUCUGAGGAGACGAAAAAAAAUUACCCAUGCGCGUGCAUUUUAAGCGAAGGAGUCGCCUGCGCGCUCGUGCUUGUGUUCAUGUGCGCGCUGGUAGUUCCAGUGUACGUGUGUAUGAAGCAGCUCGUUAUAGGGAAGCCCACCGAGUUCAACGCCACCAGGGCAAGUCUUUAGAACAGGUUGCUCGCAUGCUCAUCACACGGUCGGAAAAGUUGCCGUUCUGUGCCGGAGCAAGAGCACCGACUAUAACAGCUGCAUGUACUGUUUGCAAGUUGUACUGUUGGGAGUACCUGGAGAGCAUCACCAGUGUGGGGCCUCGACCUGUAGGCAGUGCUGAGAAUGAAAUCAUGACGGUGAAGUUCCUGUUAAAGCAGUUGGAGUGGGUGCGAAAUGAGAGCAUGGAUGGACCUAACACCAUCACAGUGGAGAGGCGUAAACACAGGGGCUCACGGGACUUUACGUACUAUGAUCAAAUCACAAACAUUGUAGUCCGACUCGAACCUAGAGGUGGAGCUAAACACUUCGUACUGGCUAACUGCCAUUUUGACAGUGCGCCCGACAGUCCAGGAGCAAAUGAUGAUGCUGUAAGCUGUGCCGUGAUGCUGGAGGUGUUGCAUUCAAUAUCGAAUCUUUCUAUUCCUUUAAAUCAUGGCAUCAUCUUUCUCUUUAACGGAGCUGAGGAGAUUGGCUCACUGGCAAGUCAUGGCUUUGUCACUCAACAUGAGGUGGUGAAACAGAUCAGAGCAUUUGUGAAUCUGGAGGCUUGUGGUGUUGGGGGAAAGGAACUGGUGUUUCAGACAGGUCCAGAAAAUCCGUGGCUGGUUCAAGCGUAUGCUGAUGCUGUUAAACACCCUUUUGCCUCUGUCCUGGGGCAGGAGAUUUUCCAGAGCGGCGUUAUUCCCUCAUAUACUGACUUCCACAUCUUCACAGAAAUUGGCAACAUUCCUGGUAUUGAUCUGGCUUUUAUUGAGAGUGGUUAUCUUUACCACACCAAGUACGACACUCCAGACCGCAUUCCUACAGAUUCCAUUCAGAGAGCAGGUGACAAUAUCCUUUCUCUUCUGAAGCAUCUGGUCACCAUGGAAACACUGGCUGACCCAUCAGAAAAUCGCAAUGGUAGCAUGGUGUUUUUUGAUGUCUUGGGUCUAACGAUGGUGGUUUAUCCAGCACGAGUUGGUUCCAUCAUAAACUACGUGGUUGCCGUAGCAGCUCUUAUCUAUCUUGCAAAGAAAUGUCUAUGGCCUAGAGAAGUGUGGGGCUGGUACCUGCUGGAACUGGUAUGCGGCUCGUUUGUGUUCGUGCUCAGCUGGGUCAUGGCAGUGCUCGCAGUCCUGGGUGUGGCGUGGGUGGUCACAAGGAUGGGACGCUCCAUGUUCUGGUUCACUCACUUUUACGCCUCCAUCGGCUUGUAUGGAUCUGUUGCAGCUGGAAAGAUACUUCUGAUCCACACACUCGCCAGAAUGCUCUACUACAGAGUGAGACAUAUAGGACAUGCCCAAAAUAAGCAGAGGUUGAAGUUGAGCGACCUGUUCUUCGAUGUCAGUCUGCUAUUGUGGUGUUUUGCCCUUAUUUUUCUCACCCAGCGAGGUCUGUGCUCGGCGUAUAUUCCCAUGCUUAUGUUGUUUUUCCCUUUGGUCACCAAGCUGCUGCUCUGCAGACACUUUGCACAGAAAGGUGUGUCAAAGAUCUACAUGCUUUUCUACCUGUUGGGGUUGUCUCUCCCCUGCAUUCACCUUCUGUACCUCAUUUGGAUUGUGUUUGAGGUUUUCACACCCAUUAUGGGACGCGUUGUCAAUGAUAUCCCCCCUGACAUGGUGAUUGCAGCACUGAUUGCUAUAACAACUGCCUUACUAUCCUCUUAUUUGAUUCAUCUCCUGUACCUGGCAAGCACCACUAAGCAUGCAUUAGCUGCUUUAUAUGCAAUUUUUGUUCUGAUGUUUGUGCUAGUUUCCUGCGGAGUUUUUUUUCCGUAUUCAAGUAAUCCAGCCAGUCCACGACCUAAAAGAGUCGAAGUGCAGCACUUCGCAAUCACUUGUCAUGCUUUGAAUGGCUCUUUGGAGAAAACAGAUUCUGGUUAUCAGAUUGACGGCCCUGAUUAUACGGGAAUGAGCCACAUCACCCCUCACAUUACAGAUAUUAACACCACCACCAUCAGCUAUGAGUUACCCUUCUGUGGUUUCAACAAACUUUUUCUUUUGCUCUUCAACAGCGCAACCAAAAAUGCCUUGUAUCUCCCUGCUCCGGCAGUGUCUCCUAAAUCUCCACUAGAGUUUAAACUGGUAUCCAAAAACAUAUCAACACGGGGGACAGUAAGGUUGAGCUUUGAAGCUAAAUGUCCGAGCUUUAUGACUGUGUGCGUCUGGGCUCACAGAGGAUAUACCGUUACAAGUUGGUCAUUUAAAAAUACCCAAGGAUAUUGUGUAUGGUACCAUCAGGGUGUGGAUAAAGGACCGUGGACCUUCUGGAUUGAGGUUGCGAAUUCAGAAUAUUUGAAAGACACCGGCAUGGUCUCCAUAAUGAUUUCAGCCCACUAUUUAUUCGGAGAAGAUCAGCACACUCCUGAGCUCAAUUUGUUUUUGCAGAAUUUUCCGGAUUGGGCUUUUGUGACAUCACAGGUCAGUACUUACCACGUGUACAAGUACUGAAAGCUGAGAAAUGUGAAUUGAACUCCAAUGACUGCAGUAUUUACACAAUCAGUAUAUAUUUCUUCUUGUCUACCACUUUUUUUGUGGUAACAUGUAAUCGUUUACAUGUAAUUGUUUUAAAAUGACUGAAAAUGAAUGAAGUAAUUGUGAUUCUAAAUGAAGAGCCCAAGCUGUAUUUAAAUACACAAGGGGAAAUGGACAAGGGGAAAUAAAAGCAGUUUUUUAAACCUUUGUGAAUAACAUGUGGUUGGUAAAAUGUCUUAUAAUUGUCAUAAUUGUCAAAUAAUUGUCAUAAUUUUGUGACUACAGUGAACUUUGCUUGUGUUUAUCUGUAUAAUGCUUGUUUAUUAUAACAGUAACAGUUUUUAAGUAUUUUUGUUGCCUUAAAUUUAGUGUUAUUAUACUGGGGCAUGAAAUUAUAAGUUUUCUUAUUCAAUAUCCGAUAUAAAUAUUUAUCUACUACAAAGAACACCCACUUUCUCUUCAUGACACAUUAUCAAUUCAGCAAUAAAGUUGGUGGGAAACUUACUAAGGGUAAUUUUUUCAACAAAGGAAGGCCCAAAAAGUUUUAUACAUUGUAAAUUUUUUCAUUAUUUCAAACCAAAGAUUGCUUGAAAACUAACAAAAGAAGUUUUAAAAACUCAUAAAACUACCAAACAACAAAAAUGUUUUAUCACAAGGCUUUUCACAAACUAGAUUUGUUUAUAUAUGUGUACAUAUAUAUAUAUAUAUAUAUAUAUAUAUAUAUAUAUUUU